UUUUYAGUGUUCAUGGACUCGGAUCACACUACUUCCUCACAAUUUCUCUCUUCUUCCAAAAAGGCUCUGCGAUAUUCGAAGAAGUGAAAGCUAUAUAUAUAUAGAAGCCAUUGAGCUCGCCUUACCGUCAGCUUCAAUCUGUCCUUUUCUUUUACAUUUCCCCCCCUCRUCGAAUUCCUUCCCCUUCCAAGUUGAAACGUCAUCAAUCUCGCAUAAUACAAAUCGUUGAAAACCAGGUGGAGAUUUUUUCCAAUUCCACUGCUAUUAUGCCCUUAUAUACUGCAAAUUUGGCCACUAAAGUUCCACAUGGGUUCGGUUUGAUUAGUAGGAAGAGCAGUUGGAUACCCAACUAUGCAGGGUUUAAAUGCAUCCAUAAUUCUCCCCGGAAGCUUCCAUAUCGCAUUUCUUGUACAUCUAAGCUUAAUCGAAGAUACUCGUCGGUUUCCUCAUCCCCGUCAAUAAUGGAAGACCAGAAACAGGUCGGUCCUUUGAUUUCAGGGCCGGAACUGCUUUCCCAAGAACUUAAAGUCGCCGUCGGAGCUGUUCAGAUGGCUUGCUUUCUCUGUCAGAGAGUUCAGAGCAACUUGAUUAAGAGCAAUGCUCAAAUUCAAGCCAAGGAUGACGAUUCCCCUGUUACCGUAGCUGAUUGGAGCGUUCAGGCAAUUAUCAGCUGGAUUCUGUCCAAAUCUUUUGGGAGUAAAAAUGUAUCCAUUGUUGCUGAAGAGGAUGUUCAGACUCUUUCCAAGCCUGGCGUGGAUCGACUCUUGAAAGCUGUAGUGGAAACUGUAAAUGAGUGUCUUCGUGAAGCAUAUCGGUUUGGAUUGGAAGGUCCUGAAAGAACUCUCUGUACUUCUGAGGUUCUCGAAGCCAUCAGCCGAUGCAACUCAUCUGGUGGUUCGACUGGAAGGUUUUGGACCCUUGACCCUGUAGAUGGCACGUUGGGGUUCAUACGUGGGGAUCAAUAUGCUGUAGCUCUAGCGUUGAUAGAAGAUGGAGAAGUCGUUCUGGGGGUUCUGGGAUGCCCCAAUUACCCAAUGAGAAAAGAAUGGCUAUGUUACCAUCCUCGCUACCACAGAAUCAUAUCCAAAUUAACACCUACAACUACAACAUCAGAAUCUUGGGAUAAAGGCUGUGUGAUAUACGCUCAAAAAGGUAGCGGUGAAGCUUGGAUGCAGCCACUGAUUCAUGUAAAUAAGAAAUUAGUAUGGCCGAACUCCGCUAUACCAAUUCAAGUAUCCUCCAUUGACGAUCCAGCAUUAGCAACCUUCUGCGAGCCAGUCGAGAAAGCAAAUUCAAGCCAUUCAUUCACAGCAGGACUUGCUCAUAGCGUCGGUCUUAGGAACCAACCAUUGAGAGUGUACAGCAUGGUGAAAUAUGCAGCCAUAGCUCGCGGUGAUGCUGAAAUAUUCAUGAAGUUUGCAAGGGCUGGUUACAAGGAGAAGAUAUGGGAUCAUGCAGCCGGUGUGGUUAUCAUACAAGAGGCUGGUGGUGUUGUCACAGAUGCGAGAGGGCGUCCGCUCAACUUCUCGAAAGGCAUGUAUUUGGAAGGUCUCGACCGAGGAGUCAUCGCUUGUGCUGGAGCUAAUCUUCACGACAAGAUAAUCAGAGCUGUUGACGCUAGCUGGAACUCCUCUUGUCUCUAGUAUCAUGGAUUCAUGAGAAUGACGAAGGUUGUAUUGUUAAGGCCAAGGGGGAAGAGGAAGCUACUUUUGCUUUCUUAUUGUAAUUUUUGGUACAUGGGAUUUUCACAGAAACUAUCUUAUCAUUGCAGCACUAGUCCAGGUUUGUACUUGUAAAAAUUUGCUCAUAUAUAAGUCUGGAGGAAGCAUAUUCUCUAUAUCCUUUUUAUAUACUUA